GCUGGGAAACACACACACACACACACACACACACACUCACACGCGUGCGCGCCACGGCCUACCCAGAACACCCUCCCCUGGACACACCCUGCCGGGGAUCACUGCUUCUCUUUUUUUUCCAUUCCGAACCAUCGCCCACGCCGCGUGGAGAGAAAUCUCUCUCUCUCAUCAUCAUCAUCAUCGUCCCGAAGAAAACCCUCUUCUCCUCAUUUUCUCUCGUUUUAAGGAAACCUACCAUCUCCUGGGCUGAGAAUUACGCCCAAGAGAAGGCUCCUUUUUCCUUUUUUCUUUUUUUUUUCUUUUGAUUUCGGAAAUCGAAAUUUUGUUUAAUUGAGCCACAUAUCAACCAGGCUAAAGAAUAGUAAACCUCCAGCUGGCCUGAAGACCUGCGGAACGAAGGACCUAGAUCUUGCUCAUCGUUGUACAAGAAUGGUUACUAUAAUCAGCACCAUGGAAACUCAGGUGUCCAAUGGUCCAAGCGGAACCAGUAUGCCCAAUGGCCCAGUCAUCAGUACCAACGGCGCCACAGAUGACAGCAAGACCAACCUGAUCGUCAACUAUCUGCCUCAGAAUAUGACCCAGGAGGAGUUCAAGAGCCUUUUCGGGAGCAUCGGCGAGAUCGAGUCCUGCAAACUGGUCAGAGACAAGAUCACAGGUCAGAGCCUGGGCUAUGGCUUCGUAAACUACGUCGACCCCAACGAUGCUGAUAAAGCCAUCAACACACUCAACGGUCUCAAACUGCAGACAAAAACAAUCAAGGUAUCCUAUGCCAGACCCAGCUCGGCAUCCAUUCGUGACGCUAACUUGUAUGUGAGUGGCUUACCCAAGACCAUGAGCCAGAAGGACAUGGAGCAACUGUUCUCGCAGUAUGGCCGGAUCAUCACCUCGCGCAUCCUGGUGGACCAGGUCACAGCAGGCCUAUCUCGAGGAGUGGGUUUCAUCCGCUUUGACAAGAGGAACGAGGCAGAGGAGGCCAUCAAAGGCUUGAACGGCCAGAAGCCCCUGGGAGCGGCAGAGCCCAUCACGGUCAAGUUUGCAAACAACCCGAGCCAGAAGACGGGUCAGGCCCUGCUCACACAACUGUACCAGACAGCCCGCCGCUACACUGGGCCCCUGCACCACCAGACCCAGCGCUUCAGACUCGACAAUUUACUAAACGCCACCUACGGAGUCAAGAGCUCUCCUUCUCUCUUCCCCAGAUUCUCCCCCAUCACCAUCGACAGCAUGACCAGCCUGGCAGGGGUAAACCUGACCGGCCCCACUGGGGCAGGCUGGUGCAUCUUCGUCUACAACUUGUCCCCCGAGGCCGAUGAGAGCGUCCUCUGGCAGCUGUUUGGUCCGUUCGGUGCUGUCACCAACGUCAAGGUGAUCCGCGACUUCACUACCAACAAGUGUAAGGGCUUUGGCUUUGUCACCAUGACCAACUAUGAUGAGGCUGCCAUGGCCAUCGCCAGCCUCAAUGGCUAUCGCCUGGGUGACCGCGUGCUGCAGGUCUCAUUCAAGACCAGCAAGCAGCACAAGGCAUGAGUGGGAGGGGCCAGGGCCUGGUCACUACCGCUCCUCAGCCUGCAGGGGGAGCCAGCAAGCUCCCUGCAAAUUCACUCUACAUGGGCAUGGACUGAGUCUCUCUCUGACACUCAUUCAACACACACACAGACAUUCACACAUGGACACGUUAUGUACACAUACACCCCACACACGC